AUGGAUUCCUCGUCAAGUCAGGGGGGUGUGGACACACUUGCGCGAAUUCGGGUAACGGCUACAAGGGAGAAAUAGAAACAUGGACGAGAAAAAUAGAAGGCAAAUGUUUUGAUAAUGCGCAGAUGAAUGAUAUGUGCAACAGCUACUAACCAUGCUUAAAAACAAAAGCAUCAAUUGAACAACGGCCAUCCAUGUAACAUCCUUUCAAAAAACCUUGUAUAAAUCGUAUAAUUUUCUGAACCAGAUGAGGAGUCUCGUUUUCCUUUACCAGUAGCAAAGAGUAUAAUUCCAGAUGAUGGGAAUGUUGCUCUUACAUCAUGGGCCAGCGUGAAUCCAUAAGUGAUAUCUUAAUGAUGGCACAAGCAUGGGAGUAAAUAAAACGCAAGCAACAGUUCAAGCGAAGAACAGACUUAAAGAAAUUCAGAUGUAUACGGAUACAAGAGACAUAUAUGCAACAUCAUAUACGAGAUUGAACUUAAUGCGUUAGAGAUAUAAAUAUCGAGUAAGAAAAAUUAUCGAAUUCUGAGCUAAAGUGUGGAUAAAUUUUUGUCCACGAACCCUCAAUCUCUCAGAUAACACGGAGGGGGUGAUCUGCUUGAACUUUGGAACCUCCGAUAGCAUCUUGUCGUAGCCCGCCUGAUCGAACAGCACGGCGUUGUUCACCUUCUCCUUCUGCUUUCCCUUGCUCCACUUCUACGCUCAUGAAAAAACACACCAAACAAUCAGAACAAGUCUCAAACGCAGCAAGCCCAGGUUAGACGGCCUCAAACUCUACGCUACCAACCACGGGAUCCGUACCUUCUUUUUCUGCUUCCCUCCGCCACCGGACUUCGCGGGCUUCGAAGAUGGAGGGGGUGCCUUAUCCUUCUUCGGCGCCUGCGACGACAAAAAGAAGACCAAUGAAGAACCCCUGA